AUGUGGGCCUCCGUGACCCUGCUGGCCAUCAUUAUUGGACAGGUGUCCGGCUCGGGCUUUUUCGAGCUACAAAUUCAGAAAGUGCAGAACCCGAGCGGCGAGCGGCGGGACGGUAGCUGGUGCGGGGACGCGCCGCGAGGUUCCGGCGACCGGUGUCCGCUGCAGUGCCGCACCUCGUUCCGACUCUGCUUGAAGGAGUACCAGAACCCGGUGCUCACCACCGGCCUCUGCAACUUUGGCAGCACGAGCGGCGCCGUCAUCGACGGCAACAGCUUCCGCAUGACGGAGAUGGCGGCCAACGCCACGCUCCGACUGCCCUUCACAUUGUCCUGGAUGCUUGAAGGCUGA